AAGCUCUGUGGCUUCGGUAGACGCGGGUCCUCCGCUGGGCCGCGGCGAGUCUCCGCUGAGCCGCAGCGAUGCCAUGCAGGGCGACUCGUCCGUGGCGUGGUGCUCGUUGCGGAAGGCGGUGCUAACGACCCUGCUGUGCGUCACUGGCUUUGUCGUGGCCACUCGCUUCAGCACCGACCUGCGCAGUGCCGUGCGAAGUCGAUCGGUGGGCACUGUGGGCACGGAGGAGCUCGCUGAAGCGGCGCGGGAGCAGGAGAAUCCGGAGGAACAGCAGAAUUGCCCAUAUGAGCUGAAGUUCUUGGGAAUGUCCUAUGACUUGGCUCAAGGCAUGCCGCAACCCUGGCAGAGUAAGAACUCGCACGGUGAGACAGGAGACCCUGGCUGGAAGCAUUUGCCCGUCUUUGAGACGAAAGACGAGACGAAAGACGAGACGGACUGCCCACGUGGCGCCAAGAUCACACCUCAAGAGGAGGACUGUUCCUAUGAGAGCCGCGUCUGGGAGAUCUCCAGCGGCAUGGAUUUUCAGAGCUCUUUGAAAGAGAUCAUGCGUUCCUCCAGCGAAACUGGUGCUGAGCUGGCGCCUGAGGCCUUCUUCACGCAGAGCUCCGAGUUCCGCUUCCUCCAAAACGGCUCCCGAACGCACACCUACACCUUGACCACCGCGGCAUGUGGCAUUUAUGGCGCCGAGCUGGAUGUAGAGGCUCUUCAACUGUCUGGUGCAUUUCUGGCCGCCGUGGAGGCCUUGCCUUACCCAGUGACUGCAGAGAAUGAGAAAGACUACGAGAAAUUUCUUGGCACUUGGGGCACACACUAUAGUGUCAAAGUCACCAUGGGAGCACGCAUCAGCAGGCUCUUGCAGUUUGACAAGGGUGAAGGUUUGGCGGCUCCCUUCGAUGCUCAGAGCAUGGCCCAAGCAGACUUCCAGAAGGUGCUCGACGCUGCAGUGGAUCCUUCAGGGGCGAAGGCGGAUGGUGCCCCAUUGACUGCAUUCAACAUUUGUUUGGGCGCUGAUGGCAGUAGCUGCUUACCACGGGGCCUCAGCGCGCAGCGCUGGCGCGCGGAGGCUGCCUUACGGCCGGUGCCUGUGGAGGCAGAGCUGAGCUCGAUCCUGAAUUUGCUCAACGAGCAGUUCUUUGAGAGGGAUGCCCACAUCACCGAGAAGCAGCAACAAUUGGAGGUCAUCAUGGGCCGGCUAACAAGCAGAUGAUAGCGGCAUAUGGCGGCAAAGCUCGCCCUGUUGGCUUGCUUCCAGGGCACCUGCCAUGCGACACCUGCAACUUGCCCUUGGAGAUGAGAAGAUUGCACGCUGAUGCCAUCAGCACGGGACACCUAGCACACCUAGACUGGUUCAUUCAGGCGUUGCGCAAGUGC